AUGAUGGCUUUUGACUUUGCAUCGGGCGCUUUGAGAAGUACCGCCGCGACAUCUCCAGAUCAAGAUAAGCGAAGUGCAGGCUUGGCUCCCAACCACCAUAACCACAAGCACAACCACAGCCAGUUUGGCGAGUACGGUGGCAGUCCUUCUGGCUCAAGACAGAGUCCUCAUGAGCAGGGCGUCAUGGGCGACGAGGCUGCUUCGAAUCCGUUUUCAUCGCAUCUUAGAGGAUACAGUACAAAUAGCUCACAUAUAGACAACAACAACCUUGGCAAAUCAGCCCAUCUUGCAUUUUCUCAAACACUAGCACAGCUGCAAAUGCCCAUGCCCAUGCCAUCUGCUCAUAACGGGGCCGGUGCCCCAACAAGCCAUGUGUGGAACGUCAACCCUGCCAACACCAACACCGCCGCAAACGCCGCCACUUCAGUUCGACAUCAACGAAAUUUGUCCAUGGAUGCAGGAAAUCUUUGGUCUUCAGGAUUAUCCGCCAAUUCAUCAAACGGGUCUACCAGCAUUUGGUCUCAGCAGCAGCAGCCACAUCACCAGCAAAACUUCAAUAUUCAACAGCAGCACCAGCAACAUCACCAGCAGCAACAUCACCAGCAGCAACAACAGCAGCAGCAACAGCAAAAGCUGGCAUCUUUUGUUGCAAAUGCUUUGCCGCCCAUGCAAGCCAUGCAUGAUAACUAUACCGCUUCGUCAAUUGCACAUCGUUCGUCUUCGCUCAGUGGAUUUACACCACCGCCUACAGUUGAAGAGUCUAAUGCGGCGGCUGCGGCUGCGGCAGCACAGGCAGCACAGGCAGCAGCAGCAGCAGCAGCAUCAAUGACGGGAAAUAUGCCCAUGGGUGACUCGUUGGCAGGGCCCACUUCUCCCGAGAUUUUUGGACGUCUGAGGAGGCACUCGUUUGCCGACGGAAUGUUGAUGGGCAGUGCGGCAGCAGCAGCAGCAACAGCAGCAACAGCAAAUGACUACAUCUCGUCGGUGCCCACUUUGCUCAAUGACGCAAACACGGCCCAAUUGGUUAACGACUACUUUGAAUCUGACCCUCAUGAGCGGGUCAAGGUUACCAUGCAGUUGCUCAAUGACAAGUUUUUUGACGAUGAAAAGUUUUUAUCCGAGGCUUACCAGUUGCCCAAGUUCCCCAUUGAGUCGUCGUUGCGCAACUACCAGUUGGUUCUAGUUGGAUUCAAGGCGGGCAGAAUUGACGUUUUCUACUUGCCCACGAAUGUGGGCGAAGGGGGCAAUUUGUUGGAUAUCAAGUUGGGAGACUUGGUUAUUGUUGAGGCUGACCGUGGCCGCGACUUGGGCAAGGUUUUCAAGCUCAAUGUGUCGAUUGACGAGGCGAGGUUGUUGAAGUUGUUGCAGUUUCAAGAACAGCAAGCUGCUUUGAAUGAACAUGUCGAUAGCAGCGGGGGUAAUAUCUUUGGUGACUUGGUAGCGAAGAAUAAUAACCAGAUGCCACCCCAGGCACCGGGCCCACCAGGGCCACAACCAGGACCGCAACAACAGGCAGUGCAACAACAACAGGCAGUGCAACAACAACAACAGGCAGUACAGCCACAACAAGCGCUGCAGUCGAGUUUUCUUCACCACCACCAUCAUCAUCAACAGAGUACAAUUGCCCCACCGACAUUACAGUUCCCCAAGUCGAUUAUCGGCUUGGCGCAGACGAAUGAAGUGUUUCAGAUUUUGAACAAGAAGCAGGAUGAAGAAAAAGCAUGCAGAUUGUGUUUGGCCAAGAUUGCCAGUUCCACGAGCGGCUGCUUGUUGAGCGGCGCGCCAAUCUCGCCCACCACGCAUGACUUGUUGCAAAUGAAGUUGAUUGACGCCGAGUACCAGUUUGACCGCAAAAAGUUGAUUUUCUACUAUUCGACGUCAAAGAGGAUCGACUUUCGAGACCUUGUGCGCGAGUUGUUUAGGAUCUACAAGACGAGGAUUUGGAUGUGUGCCGUUAUCGGGAUCCCCUUUCAGACGUCGACGAAUGGCAGUGGACAGGGCCACAGUUCCAUGAAUAUGGGUCUUGGGGUGAAUUCUCCUUCUUCUGCUAGCACGGGAGCCACAUUUUCGCAACAACAACAGCAACAGCAGCAACAACAACAACAACAACAACAACAACAACAACAACAGCAAAAACAGCAGCAACAACAACAACAGCAGCAGCAGCAGCAGGGAUUUGGCAUGUCGAGAAAUAAGUUAAACUACCAGCAAUCACCGAGCUUUGCCACACAACAACCACAACAAGUUCUGCAGCAGUGGCCUCAGCAGCAGCAGCAGCAGCCAUGUCGUUCUCAACAACAACAGCUGCAAUUCAAGAAGCUGCAGCAGGGUUUGUUUGGCAGCUCGCAAGAGACGGUGCCUAGGCAAUUCAACGAGUUCAAGCAACAGCCGCUGAGAUAUUGGGGCAAUACUGCGAACACCAAUGCUACUUUACAAGUGCAGCAGGGCAAUCGCAACAUUCAGCAAGUGCACCAACAGGCACAGCAGCAAGUGCGUGAGCAGUUGAAUAUGAAGCGCAACAUUACUGGGGACCAGGGCGAUUUGAUUGACCGUCGCGGCAAUGAAAAUGACGAUGACGUUGAUGAGAAUAACAUUUUGAUGAUGAACCAGCUGCAAAAUUUCUCGGAUGAAAAAUUGGUGUUGAAGAGUUUGGUUGAUUCGAUCAAUCAUUAA